CGGGAAGAGCUCUCUUCCAGGAGGAAUUUAUCCUCCGGAAACCGGCCCUGCUUAAACACGUCCUUACUGCAGCUGGAAUCGUAAAGGGGGAUUAGAGGUGGACCAGGUCCAACCCAGAGAUCCGAAUGUUUCACAGAAAUCUGCAAAGUGAAACCCAGGCUCUGAUGGCGGAUCCGCCGCAGGGCGCGCUGAAGAAAAUCCAAGCUGACGUUGCCGUGCUUCGGGUUGCUCCCUCCAGGCUGAGCCCUGCUGUUUGUAUACGUGGAAGCCUUCUCGUGAAUAUUCUAUACUUCCAUUUUUUUGGCUUGUGUUUGGCAGCAUUUAGAGGGGAAAAAAGCACACCGCGCCAUUAAAAACGCCACUUUCCUCACUGAAAUGGCCUCCUUCCCCGCCUGUUACACAGGGCCCUUCCUCUGACUGCCCCCCCUCCCCCCGGGUAUGACUGAUACCCUGUGCCUGUGUGCAGCCACCCCCCCGACUGACGCACACCCUGACACACGUGUACACCUGACUGACGCACGCCCUGACACCUCUCCCCUGUGCGCUGCCCCUUUAAGGAGGGCCAUGGGGGCGCAAAGCCGUUCCCGCCCAUAGUGCUCGCCGCCAUCUUGUCUCUCCGCCAUCUUGUCUCUCCGCCCUGAGCUGCCAGUGCCUCUCUUUCGGGGGUUUCCCUCCCCUUUCGGGGCUUUUCCCUUUCUGCCUGCUGUGUCUUGCUUCUCCUUCCACCCUGAGCUGUGGGUGGAGUUGGCUGUAAGUGCUCCCCCGUCCCCAGCCCUUGAGCUGCUGCUGUCUCUGUCUGUGAGUGAGGGGUUGGAAAGGGAAUGGUGGACGCAUGCAAGUCUCUGCAGCACAGAGCCUAGUUGGGCUUUGGGGACGCAGGCUCGCCUGGUGCUAGUUACCGGUUUGAGAUGGGCUGAUGGUGCGACUAUGCCAAGUGUUUCAUACUUACCUACUUUUAUUGUGACUUCCGUGUUGUCCUUUCAGGGAAAGGCCUGAUCGUGGAUGGUGCUGAGCGAGAGUUCCCUCAGCUCAGCCGCCCUUGCAGGGCUGCACGCCUGCCUCUGAGGAGAGGAGAAAGCAGUGGUACUGUGGGAUGCUACAGUUUUCCUGGCCAGGGCCUGUAGCAUUUAAAAUCUUUAACUGCCUUUCUAAUCUUCCUCCGAUAAAUGUGUUCCCAGUGUUAUUUUCUUUAACCUGAUUCAGCUGUGGUUUGAGGUAAAUAAUUUAGCAAUACUUACUUCUUUUCCAGCAAGGAUAUUGACGUGCCUCAGAGGCAUAGUUGAGGGUGACUUUCCUAUGUAAAUGAAUGUGAAUUCUUCUGUGUGGUGGGAUGGGAGUAGGUUUGAGGGCCACAACGUUGAGUAGUUUUUGUAAAACAAAUCUGGGACAUCUAUCUGUGAGAGUUUGGUUUUAAAUUCUGUUUUAGAGAAUUUGCCUUCUUUUUCAGAUAACUGCUUACUGUGUUUAAAGUGUAGACUGUCUACUUUUUUGUCAAACUCCGUAACAGAUUGUUACGCUAAUAUCUAAUAAAAUGGUUAAAAAUUCUCACACAAGGUGCCAGGUAUAGGAUAGCUAAAAUAGUUUCAGACUUUUGUCAUAGUUUGGAACAGAUGCCCCCUGAAAAAUGUCAGCAGUUUUUCAAUAUUAGCUUAUUAAGCAUUGGACAACUUGAGGGUCCUUGUUACAAAAAAUAGAACCUGACUUCUGUUUGCUAAAUAUCACUAAUGUCUCUGAGUGCACCCGUAGAAUUGAAAUACUGAAAUAAUAAAAGGCAUUCAGACAAGCUAACAAAGCAUCUGUGGCCCAACUUUGACAUCAACAGGGGACUCAAGUGUGCAGCAGCUCACAGGAAUGGGCACUAAGGCUACAUUGGCAGUCUGAAAAAUAAUUGACUUUUUUUUAAUCAAAGCUUUUCCAUUUUUGAGGAAUGGAUGGACUUACAUUUUAAAGUAGUUUAAUAUUAAGCCCGAAAACUCAGUUAAGGUUGCAACUUGACACUUUUUCUUCUCCACGUAAAUGGCCUUUUUUAUAUGAACUGUCUCAUUAAAUUCAGUUGGACUUCGCCAAGAGGAGAAGGCGGGUAAAUAUUUUUCAGAAGCUGGUGCUAAUAGAGUCAUUUAAUACUAAAACAAAUCCCAGAUGUUUAUUUAAGAAGCAUAGGUAGAAUAGUAAAAUUGUAACUCUUACGUAUCCAAAUACAAACAACAAAGAAUUUGCUACUUCAGAAAGCUUGAAAUGUUUGUUAUUGAAGACACUAUAUACGUCAAAACAUUCGUGUUUAAAAAAAAAACUUUUGUUAUUCUAGCUAUGAGUAGUUUUAAGUGAUUCGUUAUGAUUUCUUAAAUCUAAAUUAGUUUUCUCAAAUUGCAGAUAAAGAAUGGCUUAUUUCAGUUCAACACGGGACUUUGUUGCACUUUCAGAUCUGCAUCCAAAUCUUGCUCGUCCUAAUGUAAUUGGUGUGGUUAUUGGGAAAACAGAUGUCAGAGGCUUUCCAGACAGAAAAAACAUUGGAUCUGAAAGAUACACCUUCGGUUUUACUAUUCGUGAUUCACCAACUUACUUUAUAAAUGUAAAUUCUUGGGGCAGAGAAGAAUAUGUUAGAUCACUCUCGGAAAGCUUUAGAGUUGGUGACUGUGUUACAAUUGAAAAUCCUUUAGUUCAGACAAAGGAAGCAGAAAGGGAAGAAAAGUUCAACCCUGUAACUCCUAGUUGCUACAAAUUAUUGAUCAGUGAAAAUCACUCAGUGGUCAAAACUUGUUCCUCUUAUGAAAUGGACACCAAACUACUUUCUCUGUUGCAUCUACCUGUCAAGGACCCUCAGGAUUAUUAUUCACUGGGUGACAUCGUUGCAAAUGGGCAAAGCCUCAAUGGAAGAAUCCUUAAUGUGCUUGCAGCUGUAAUGUCAGUUGGGGAGCCAAAGUGUUUUAUCACUGCAGACAAAAGAAAAGGUCAGAGGUGUGAAGUAAAGCUGUAUGAUGAAACAGAGAUGUCUUUUCCAAUAGUAUGCUGGGAUAAUGAGUCUAUCCAGCUUGCACAAAGUUGGAUCCCACGAGAAACAGUAAUAUUUGCAUCAGAUGUGAGAAUAAAUUUUGACAAAUUUAGGAACUGUAUGACUGCAACUGUGAUAUCAAAAACCAUUAUUACAACUAAUCCAGACACAGCAGAGGCAAACAUUCUCUUCAGCUUCCUGAAAGAGAGUGCACAAUCAGGAGCUUUUCAUGAUAAAAUGGAGGAGCAAUCAAAAGAAUCCACUAACUUGGAGACUAUAGUUGAUGUUUAUACUGUGGAACAGCUGAAAGUAAAAGCUUUACAGAAUGAUGGGAAACUUGAACCUGUCUAUGGCAUUAUUUAUGGCUACAUUUCUACACUGGACAUUGAUAAUGAUGCAUCUAAACUUAUUCGCAACAGAUGUUCAAUAUGCCGUUGUGUGGUGAAUGAAGUGUCAAACACAUGCACUUUCUGUGGUGACAUCUCUUCAGACUCAAAGUCAACUUUUACAAGCUUUGACAUACUUGUUGAUUUAUCAGAUCAUACAGGCACUCUUUAUUCUUGUUACCUGUCCGACUGCGUAGCUGAGGAAUCAUUAGGCUGCACAGUCCAAGAGUUCCUAACUCUGACAGAAGACAAAAAGACUGCACUGAAAUGGCACCUUCUUUUGGAACGAAGCAAGAUUUAUUUUAAACUUACUUUGUCACCCAGCUGGAGAACGGGAUUGAAAGUGAAUGUACUUUCAUGUAAACUGGCAGACCCUAUAGAGGCAAGUCAGAGUUUGUUGCAAAAAGGAAAAAGAUUACCCUAUAUGGCUUGUUAACAGCUGGAAAAAAGGCUGUUUCUUCACUGCGUUAUUAGAGGUAGAAUGCUCUUGUCAUUGUAUUUUUUUAAGUAUGUUCUGAUGAUAAAGAAGGAGGAAUAUACAUUACUGAUCCCCCUAAGUGGGCUUCUCUAUUGAUCUUUUUUAGAUAAUUGUACUUUAAAAAGCUUACUAGGGCCUUAAUUGAAGAAAAGUUAAUUCUACUAAAUUAAACCCUUUAGAACUGGAAGGGAAACUUUUUUCAUUCAGUUUAGAAUAUAUUUGAAAAAUUCAGAAAUAACAAGUAGUACGAGACAGAUCUCUUGAGCUUCUGUGUUUUAAACUGCCUUGCUAUGUCUGUGUUACUUCAGAAAAUAAAGACCCACUUUAAAACACUGCCUGCGUUUGUGGUGUACAUCGGUGAGUCCAAACACAGAACUUCUGGCACCUGCAGAAGCAUGGAAAUAGCCAUGAUUUUUGCAAGGCUGCUUUUCUUUAGGGCAGACUAAGUCUUACAGGACCAGAGUAAUCGCGGAAUCACAGAAUGGCUGAGGUUGGAGGGGAUCUCUGGAGAACAUCUAGUCCAGAAAAGGACAGGCGGUAGCUUGCCUUGCGGUGGACUGCCAGCCGUCAAUUACCAGGGACCUGUGGCAACCAAAUGAUCAAGCUAAGGUGGCAGAGAAGGAAAGGGCUUUUCUGCACCAAGAUAGUUGUUCUUACCUGAACACAAAGAACCCCUGUAUGUAUGUGUUGCUCCUCUCCAGGUAUUUUUUCUUUUUCUUUUUUCUUUUUUUAAAUCUAUUUCUGCCCUUAGCCUCCCCUGCAGCUGGUGUAUUUCCUGCAUUCACCAGUCCCCACCUUUUGAGCGUAUUUGGACUUGGCCAAUUUCAAAUUGUGGGAAGAUGUUGCUGCCCUUCUGUUGCAAAGUAUUUGUUGGGGUAAAACGCCUUAAGAAACUCUGUUAUCCCUUGUGUGCUACCUACCCAUUAAAGCACGAGGGCAAAGAGACGACCUCAGAAACAGUGAAUUUUGACAAGCAAAACACCAAGAAUUGCACCCGCUUACUCUUGUGAGUGGGAAUAGGAACAUGGAAUUAAUUGUACAAAUUACACAUUGCUAAUAAUGGAUCAUUGCAUCUCUGCUGUUGCGGCAAUAAACAGCUUUAGAAUAUUACCUGUUACAGCUGAAGAAUGUUGAAGUGCACGUUUUCAGUAAUUUUGAUCACAACUCAGCUUUGCAAUCAAUACACAGUGCUUAAGACCAAACUGCCAGUGGUGUGCUGUUGCUGUUGCAGUAGACAGAUGUGUUUGACAGAGCACAAUGUAAAGACAACAGUGCAGAAAGUGAAUUACUCACCCAAACUUCUGUGUCCAGCCCUGCUUGUCGGGGAGUUGCACACCAAAUUCAGAACGCAGCUUUCUCACUGAUGGAAGCAGGUUCAAAUCAAGGAACAUUUUGACUCCUACGAGUCAGAGGCUGGUCUGUUCAGAUUUAAUGGCUGCUUGUUUUAGUGGGCCUCAGUUCUUUAGCCUUCCUUUAGCUAAAAUCUGAAUUAUGUUCAGAGCUUUUAGUGAUUACAAAGCCUCAUCACACAAACAACUUUUGCAUGUGCUUUAAGCCAUUGGCUUAAGUCACACGAUCAGGAACUGAAAUGGAUACGUUUGCAGGAUCGAUACCAAGUGCAGGUGUUGUAUUGGUUUGCAGUGAUGUACUAGAAAUGCAUGCAGCUGGAGAAAUGAAUUGAUAGAAAAUCUUCUAUUUUUCUUAUGCAACAUAUUCUGUUUUCUUUUAUCAUGUGAUUUACAGUCUACUGGACCUUGCUGCUCUUUCUUGGAGGUGCUUGUUUUUGGGCUACAGUAAUUUCUUCUGUGUAUGCUCUUCAAAAGUACUUUUUAAAACAAAACUUUUUUCCUAGUGAUUAUUAAGAUCUGGCUCCAAUAAGUGGAAGCAUUCAACUUUGGUGCUUACAAGCAUGUAACAA